UUGCGUUCUCUAUCUAAUCUUUGUGUUCUGUGUUGUGUGUUUUCUCUAUCUACGCAAAAUUGUUUUAGAUUUUAAUUUUUUUUUAUAAAUAUAUUUGUUUACAUUUGGUUCAGAAGAAAACUUCAUAAUUAUGGAUGAUAAAGAAACAUCCAGUGAUUUGCUUGCAUGCCGGGCGUGUUUAGCUACCGAUGUCCGACUUUACGAUAUCUUUAAACAUGAUUUGAGUGAACAUUUUCGAAAAUUAACUAGAUAUCAGAUAAAGCAACGCGAUGGAUAUCCUCAGUAUCUAUGCACCAAAUGUGCAGUCCAGCUUCGGAAGGUCGCAGCAUUUGUGGACAUGUGCAAGAGAGGCCGGGACAUCCUGCAAGGCGUCGUAAUAUCCAACAUACCAAUAACAACAGACUUCAUUCGCAAUAUGGAUCUCGAAGGUCAUUUCUUUAUGAAUUUAGUAGAAAAAACAUUAUACAACUUCAGUAAGGGAUUACAUCCGAAUAUAAAUGAUGAUAACUUAGCAAAUAUAAUAAUAAAAGAUAAUGUGGCAAUGGUAGAAGAUACGGCAGAUUUGAAUGUUAUUAACGCCGAUGAAACUGCAAAUGCAUCUGAUUCGAACGACGAAAUUUGCGAGGAACCUGUAAUUGUAAAUUUAAAUGAAAAUUUCGACGAAGUAAGCAAUUCGGAUGAUGAAAACGAUGAUGAAAUUAUGUAUUUAAACAAUGAUGAUGAUGAUUCUAAUAAUGAAUAUGAUGAAGCAUCAAUUACCGAAGAUUCAAAAGAUAUGGUUGCCACAGAGAACGGUUUCAGCAAUGAUGACGCGGAAUAUUUAACUGUUAUAGUAACUGAUGAACAGUUAGGUCCAGAAUUGGAUGAUAUGAAUCUAAACGAUAAGAAUAUAAAACAGAUACUUGAAGAUUUCGUUCCGUAUAAUAAUAUUAAUAACAGUGAUGCAGCAGCCGUAUCUGAUUUUAUAAGUGAUAACGACGACAUUUCAAAUGAAACAUCAGAAUUACCAUAUCUAGUCGCGAGAAAGAAACGUAAAAGAAAAUAUGAAAAGAAAAACAUAUUUAUUAACAACAAAGAAUUCGCUGAACGUAAUAACUUUAAACUAACAAUAUUUAAUCGUAAACAACAAAUGGAUGAAAUUAGAGCUCUAAUAGAAUCACCUAGCACGAAAUUCCGUUGCGACCAAUGCGGAGUCGGGUUCAAUUACAAAACGAAAUUCUUGAACCAUUUCAAAUGGAAGCACGACCCCUCGCUCGGGAAUUUCGUCUGCAACAUCUGCAACACGCGCUUCAGCCAGAAAAGAUAUCUGUACAAUCACAAACUAUUCGUUCAUUUGUUCAAAUACGAUUGCAAAUUGUGCAAAUUUACCACAAGAGCGCGUCACACUGCGGAGAAUCACGUGGCGUACCACGCCGGCAAGAUUUUCACUUGCGAAUGUGGUAAAACGUUCCAGCACAACACUAGUUAUUUAUCACACAAACGUUUGAACCACUCGUCGGAGAUGACGGUAUGUGAGUAUUGCGGUGAAUCCUUUAUUGGAGAAUGGGGUGUUAGAAUGCAUAAGAAGAAGAUGCACGCAACAGAAGCGUGUAAAUUUAAAUGUAAUAAAUGUUGUACAAGGUUUAGAACAGAUGCGGCUUUAGCGAACCACCACAGUCUGGGUUGUGGUGGAUACAAUUGUGUAAAUUGUGGUGAUGUUUUCACCACAGAAAACUUGCUCCAAUACCAUUUAGUUCAGAAUCAUAAUCGUAGGAACAGUUCUGGUGGGAUCAGUGAGUGUGCAAGCUGUCACACGAAGUUUCACAACGAUGCAGCGCUCUGCAGGCAUUUAGAUGAUCGGUGUGGUGAGGUGGUACCUUGUGUGCAGUGUGGUCGGAGUUUCACCACGGAAGAUGAAAUGAAUGAACACCUAAAUGUACACUCGACUGAGCAAUUCAAAUGCGAAGUGUGUAAGAAAAGUUUUAAGUCUCCAUUCCACUUUGCGGAGCACUACGUCAGACAUUCAGGCAAUAGAGACCAUGUCAGAGUCCCGAGGUAUGAGAAGAGAUCCAAACUUCGUCCACGCAAGGACGGGACUGAUAUACCAAAGAAAGUCAUGUGCGAUAUCUGUGGGCAGUUGUGCUUGGAAACCGGUUAUAAAACUCAUCUCAGAACGCAUACAAUAGAGAAUGAUUACAAGUGUAUCGUGUGCUCCCAGAGAUUUUCUCUACUGCUUGCAUUGAAGUCUCAUAUGAGGGUACAUAAUGAGCAGAGGCCCCACCAGUGCAGUUAUUGUGGCAAGAGAUUCAAAAUACGAGGCGCGCUAGUCAAACAUGUUUUAUUGAUACACCGUGGAAUUGAGCCACAUCAGUGCCAUUUUUGUAAGAAAUACUUCAAAACGUCAGCUUCUGUGAAGUUACAUAUAAAGACGGUGCAUACGAAGUCGUUCAUAGCUUCUCCAUUACGAGAAUGCUCCCCGAAUUCAGUAGAAUAGUAGAAAAACAGGAAAUGUUAUGGCAACACAAGCCCC